UUGUUUUUUUGAAUACACUUAAAUGCAUUAAUGGCCCUUAACGAUGCGCUGCCAUUUCUUAAAGCAAAAUUGAUCUUAGAUCAGAUAUUUACCGUCAGUAGAUUUCUGUCCUUUCCAAUUAUUGAAUCUGUGGAAGUAUGUCUUCAGUUAGUAAAAUAGUUUUGGGCCUUAUUCCAGCAGAUGGAAUUGGUAGAGAAGUCGUCCCUGCUGCUCGUCGCUUAAUAGAAAAUCUGCCAUCUAAACACAAACUUCAAUUCGAUUUUGUCGACUUGGAUGCUGGCUGGGGUACCUUUGAGCGUACUGGUAAAGCUCUUCCUGAUAUUACCUUAGAAAAAUUGAAAAAAGAAUGCAAUGCUGCUCUUUUCGGUGCUGUUCAAAGCCCUUCCCAUAAGGUUGAGGGCUAUUCCUCUCCUAUAGUUGCCUUGCGUAAGAAGAUGGGCUUGUACGCCAACGUCCGUCCAGUCAAGUCUCUUGAUGGAGCCCAAGGAAAGCCUAUUGACCUUGUAAUCGUUCGUGAAAACACUGAAUGCUUAUACGUUAAGGAAGAGCGUAUGGUCGAAACUACUCCUGGUAAGCGUGUAGCUGAAGCUACUCGUCGUAUCAGCGAAGAAGCUUCUGUAAAAAUUGGAAAAAUGGCUUUUGAAAUUGCCAAAUCCCGUCAAGCUCUUCGUACUUCUGGUGCUGCUUCAAUUCACAAGAACCCUUUGGUAACUAUUAUCCACAAGUCUAAUGUGAUGUCUGUUACUGAUGGUCUCUUCCGUGAAUCUUGCAGACAUGCUCGUUCUCUUAGCCCUUCUUAUUCCUCCAUAGCCAUGGAUGAGCAAAUCGUUGAUUCUAUGGUAUACCGCCUUUUCCGUGAACCUCAAUGCUUUGAUGUUGUUGUUGCUCCCAAUCUCUACGGUGAUAUUCUCUCUGACGGUGCUGCUUCUCUCAUCGGUUCUCUUGGUUUAGUUCCUUCGGCCAAUGUGGGUGAUGGCUUUGUUAUGUCCGAACCUGUCCAUGGUAGUGCUCCAGACAUUGCCGGCCGCAAUAUCGCUAACCCAGUCGCUACAUUCCGUUCCGUCGCUUUGAUGCUUGAAUUUAUGGGACAUCAGCAAGCUGCUGCUAACAUUGUAAAUGCUGUUGACAAGGUUUUGGAUCAAGGAAAGAUUCUUACUCCUGAUUUGGGUGGUAAGUCUACUACUAACGAAAUCACCGAUGCCGUUAUAUAUUCUUUGAGCAACUAAGUUCAAGUUUUGGAACUUUCAACCCUAAGCUUCCUUUCUUUCAUUUAAGUUUAAUAGACUACUAGUUUUUUUUUUGUUCAAUGAAACAAUCGUUUGACUUCUUGGUAA